CAACACCCAUCAUCUGCACUCGCGACUUGUCCCAACAAACAGGGCAUGAUUCCCAGUAGUCUUGCUGUUGGGUUGAGACUGGGCGCGUGCCCACAACGGUGGGGGGUGCGUGGGCAACUAGCCCUGCGCCACCUCGGCCCCCUCCCCAGUGGCCAUCGCGUCCAAGCAGCGCGGUACAGCUCGGCGCCAACACCGGAGAAGAGCAGCGCAGCCGCGACGUCGGACUCGGCCUCGGCCUCGGCCACCCCUCCCGCGCCUGUUGCGUCACCAUCACCGGCACCAGCACGUCGUGGGCUGAUCGCCCGCCUCACUUCCUCCCUCGCACUUCCCAAGCACAAGGCAUCAGUCAAGGAGGGCGAGUCGGCGUCGAGCAUCCGCAAGCUCGCGGCGCUCGCCGUCCCCGAACGCAAGACGCUCAGCGUCGCCGUCGGUCUGUUGCUCGUAUCUUCCUCCGUGUCCAUGCUGGUCCCCCUCACUAUUGGCAAGAUCAUCGACUUCUUCUCGUCCAACGCGACCACCUUCCUCGGCAUGUCGUUCCCCGUCGCUGCGAGCCUGUUGACGGCGGCCUUCUUCGUCGGCGCCACUGCUAACGCCGGACGCGUGAUCCUCAUGCGCACGGCCGGACAGCGCAUCAUCGCGAGGAUAAGGAACCAGGCGUAUCUGUCCACUCUGCGCCAGGAGCCCGAGUUCGCCGACCGCUCAGCAGGCGACAUUGUGUCGCGCCUCAACGCCGACUCCAACAUCCUCGGCGACUCGGUCACGUCCAACUUGUCCGACGGCCUGCGCGCCAUCAUCUCGGCAAGCGUCGGCGUCGUCGCCAUGUUCUGGAUCUCGAGCAAGCUCACGCUCGUCAUGCUCUGUGUCGUCCCGCCUAUUUCGUUGGGAGCCGUCUUCUAUGGAAGGUACCUCCGCAAGCUCUCAAACCAGACCCAGGAGGCCCUCGGUGACAUGUCCAAGACCGCCGAGGAGAAGCUCAACGCGUUCAAGACGGUCACGGCGUACAAUGCUCAGGCUCUCGAGGGCAAGGAGUUCUCGACCAAGGUCAACGAGGUGUUCAGUCUCGCCAAGCGUGAGGCACUCGCCUCGGGUAUCUUCUUCGGCGCGACGGGUUUGACUGGCAACCUUGCGAUGCUGUGCCUGCUCAGCUACGGUGGUCACCUCGUCGCUAGCGGCGCGAUUACUGUCGGCGACCUCACGUCCUUGCUCAUCUACAGUGGCUAUGUCGGCGGCUCAGUGUCAGGCCUGACGUCCUUCUUCAGCGGCAUCAUGAAGGGCGUCGGUGCUGGUGGCCGUGUGUUCUACCUCCUCGAUCGCCAAUCGAAGAUCCCGCUCGGCGUGGGCAAGGAGCUCUCGGCGAGCCGCAACGGCCCGAUCAAGUUCGACAACGUGCGCUUCACCUACCCUUCCCGGCCUGAGGUCGAGGUGCUCAAGGGCAUCAACCUCGAGAUCCGGCCGGGCCAGUCGGUCGCCCUCGUCGGCACAUCAGGCAGCGGCAAGUCUUCGAUCCUGUCUCUUCUCGACCGCUUCUACGACCCGCAGCACGGCACGAUCAGCUUCGACGGCUCGGACAUCAAGUCGUUCACGCCCGAGUCGUGGCGCGACCGCAUUGGUGUGGUCUUCCAGGACCCGAUCCUUUUCGAGGGCACAGUGCACGACAACAUUGCAUACGGCAGCCCUCACGCCACGCGCGUCGAGGUUGAAGAGGCGGCCAGGAAGGCCAACUGCGACUUCAUCUGGGACCUGCCGCAGGGCUUUGACACGAUGAUCGGCAAGGCGAGCCUGUCCGGCGGCCAGCGCCAGCGCGUGUCUAUCGCGCGUGCGCUGGUGCGCAACCCGUCCAUUCUGCUACUUGAUGAGGCAACGUCGGCGCUCGACUCGGGCUCGGAGAACGCCGUCAACCGCGCCAUCGACGACAUUAUCCACAAGCAGAACAUUACAGUCGUGCUCGCUGCGCACCGGCUGAGCUCGAUUGCGCGCGCCGAGCGCGUCGUCGUGCUCGAGAAUGGCGUCAUCUCUGAGGAGGGCCCGUACGACGUGCUCUCCAAGGCCGAGGGCAGCCGCUUCCGCGCGCUCAUGGCCGCGCAGCUGUUGCUCGAGCAGAGCGGGAAGGGCGAGGCCGCUGCCACCGCGGCGGCAGAGCAGGAGAAGGAGGCCGCCUAGACAUAGACACAUAAUCAUCCGCACGCACCACUAUCUUGCAUCCAACUCAAC